AUGCGGGGAUGGGCAACCCUACCAGCAGGUCUGAGGUACCCGUCCUUGGUCUCGACUGCUCAUGGUGACUUGCCUGGACAUGGAAGUCUUAGAUUGGGGGUCUGUUGGCUCACAUAUCAGUGUCACGCCAGCUCCUCCCCCCACUCGCUUGAUCGCCCUAAAGCCCCCAGAAACCGACUCUACCGUGUUCGCGGUCCACAAAUCACCAGAUGGGAGCCCAGAAGAGCCUUCUCUGGUACUCCUCGCGCGCAAAUCAUAAUCAUCGACGAUGAUGAAGAGGUAGAAGUGCCGCCUCCACCCCAAAACGGACUACGACGCGUGAAUGCGCUCGGCGUUGUACAUCAAAAUAUCAAUGAAUUGAUCCGGACACGAGAAACUCGGUUGAAGGAACAGGCCAAAGAACGGGCAAAAACGCCUCUGGAUCGCAAAAAACUCAAAGAUAUUAAAAAGAAGGCUCGAGUGCUUGAGGACCACUACAAACUGAGUGAUGAAUUCCUGCAACUGAAGUACGCCUACGUUGAGCAUUGUCUGUCACAGUCUGCCAAAGCGAUCGAAGAGGCCCAGUUCCAGUAUGACAGUCUCGUCUCGACGUAUGUUUCACAUUUGGAAAACCGGGUUGAGCAGAUACACCAAAACAGCCGGUAUCUGGAGCACGAGUUUUGUGAAAUUGCGUUCCGUCCUCUCGGCUUUUUGAGUAAGCAAUUGUCAAUAUCGGCUCGCGAAAUUGAGAGUUUGCAGGUUGCGGUAUUUUCCCAAUCGGUAGACAUCUCGCAGCAGCUCAUCAAUGACCUCCGUGCCCUUCUUGACAGGGAGUAUCUCAAGCCUCGGAAGUCUGCCAGGUCUCGAAUCGAUCGAUUACUUGCCCAUGCAGAGACUGCAGCGGGUCAAUACAAUGACUUGCAGGCCAAGGGUACCGCCGUAAUCAAUGGGCUCAACGCAAUCUCGGCGCUUUUGCGGUCACUCAUGUACCUGGAUUCGCAGACAGGGUCCAUUUACAAACCCUUGAUAGAAGCGAAUGAUUCAAUUGCUAAUGAAUUUGCUUUGAGCUCACACGAACAUCGCUGGAGAUGGCGCACGUCGAGGAGAUUUGAAAAUCCGCUUGGCGACGCAUUCUUGCUCGAGUCUUCAAAUCUCAUCGAGUCGCGUGCGGUGGCCACAACAACGCUUUUACCGUCCAAAGUCGUAUCAGCCGUUCUGUUCGAUGAUAAAGAGCAUCGAAAAAUCAAAGCAAUUAUGGCAAAGCAAGAUCUCCGAGUUGCCGAUCACAUUCGAAAACCAUAUCUGCAGAAAUGGAGAGGGCCAAAACCGAGCUGGUCCACUGAACUAAACAAGUACUGGCGGCAACUCGACGUGCUUGCGCCUUUUGAACUCCAUCGCAUGUACAUCACGCAGCUCUCGAAAGAAGUGUUGAAUCUGGUCCCGACAGUCCAGGGAGGGUUCGGACCCAUGUGGGAAGGUCUUAAUGAUCACGAUCGCAAAAUAAACCAGGCUCAUCUGAGCGACUGGUAUACGAACUACAGGAAAUCACAGAAAGAUUUCCUACGAGAAUUAGAGAUGUACAGAUACAUCAACUGGUAUCGGCUCGGGCUGGAGGAAAAAUUGGCAAAGCUGGGUGUGCCGAACCCGAUUCAAGCCCAGAAGCUAUUCGUACCUAGCGAGCCACUGAGCCAAGAUAUGGGGCGCUUCAACCAAUGGAUUCACAAAAUGGUAGAAAUCCGUCAAGAUGGUUGGAUAUCCGAGAUGGCCUUCCGCAUGAUCAGGGAACCCAACGGCUUGGAUACCUGGUUGGAAAUGAUGGAUAGGUUCCGGAAAGAGGCUGCCGAAAGGAAAUCCCAGAUCCUGGACUUGGGCUCCGUGAGAGUCCGUCGGAGAGGAGUCUCGCAGAAGAAAGCCAAGGUCUCUCGUUUUGCCAAAUCAAAGAAGAACUUACGGCGAAAGACUGCACGGAGUGUGCGCUCAAAACCUGCCUGGAAGCCUGCUUCCAAGCCUUCCGCGAAAGAGGCAACAAAUUCUCACUGGAAGCUCAAGCUCAAGGAUGAGCUCUCCCACGAGUCCCCAAAGCCCAACUCCUCGAAGAUACCAGCAAAUGAAAAGAAGUCUCGAUCGCCACUACCUAAGUCGCCUUCGAAUUCGCAAAAGAUUUCAUCCCCGCAGAAGCGACAAGCUGCUCGAAGCAAGCUCGCCCCCGCCGCUGUAUGGGAUUAUCUGGGCCAAGCCAAGAAGUUCAUACCUCAGCCAGCGCCUGUCGAUGCGAAGACUCGGUUCCGUCAGGCAAUGUCCAUGAAAGAUGAGACAUGGUCCGAUCGCACUACUGGCAAGCCCAAGACGAUCAAGAGUACGGCUGGACGACCAUCAACGCCAACGCCAAAACCGCUCUUUCCAGGUGGGAAGACCUCCGUUCUAAAACAGGGGCACCAUCAAAAGUCGGAGAAUGUCAAGCAUGAUGCAUCCACAAAAGGAAAGCCUUCCCCUGCAAGAAAGCCCUUGAAGAGCCCUAAACGCAACUUCUGGGAUCCAAAUCCCGUUGCCAGUCCGGGUGGUCUGUUCCAGAGGUCAAAAGGAAGAUCGUACAGCACAGGUUCCGCCGUGUCCAGCGACCAUGCCCUGGAUUGUAAUCAUCCUGUUUUGCCCGAAUCUGCGCCUCAUUUUGAUGUUCGACCUACUCUCGACGCGGAUCCUGAGCUCCCCAUCUCCGCAGAAGACGCAUAUCACCUCGAGAUUGAAUCUACCUCGACCGAGGAGGCCCCACUGUUUUGGAGUCACAGUGACCAGCGAGCUCCCGAUGGACAGAGGCCUAUCGUGCACUACUGCAAAUCCCUCGAGAGCACCGAGUCCGUCGUACAACACUUUCUCGACAGCAAGGUUGUUGGCUUCGAUAUGGAGUGGAAAGCACAGGCAUCCGCCACGGACAGCAUCCAGAAUAAUCUGUCGCUCAUCCAGCUUGCAAACGAAGAGCGUAUUGCCCUCUUCCAGAUCGCUCUGUUCAAGCCCGCGCGCUCGCUGGAAGACUUUGUGGCACCAUCUCUCAAGCGCAUCAUUGAGUCGCCUGAUAUUACCAAAGUCGGCGUCUCUAUCAAGGCGGAUUCAACCCGACUGCGGAAGUACCUCGGCGUCGAGGCUCGAUCUAUCUUUGAACUGAGCCAUUUGUACAAAUUGGUGAAAUACGGCCAGACGCAGCCUAAACUUGUCAACAAGAGGAGUGUGAACCUAAGUGAACAGGUCGAAGAGCAUUUGGGAUUACCGCUUGAAAAAAGCGAGGACGUGCGUUGCGGCGAUUGGGCGAGAUCGUUGAACUAUCGCCAGGUCCAAUACGCUGCCACAGAUCCAUAUGCUUGCAUCUGUCUGUUCAAUAUCAUGGAGCAGAAGAGGCAAGCGAUGAACCCUGUCCCACCUCGUCCCGCACAUGCGGAACUCAACUUGCCCAUUACUUGUCCCACCGGAGAAGCAGUGAACGUUGAGAAUAGGAGUGUUGUCCCCGGUAUAGUCGAUGGAGAUGUGGUUGACCGCUCAUGA